CCUUAGUAAGAUGGCCCAUCCCACUCGGAAGCUUUGCUUUACUAAAAAAAAAACAUUUACACAAACCCCAUGCUAUUUCAUUAUGUUUCUACUUUAUUUGAUUCUAUUCCGUUGGUUGAGAGUCGUGAACAUGUUUUGUUGUUGUGGUAAGGUUUUUGAUCGCCUUCUUUUUGCAAAAGCCACGGCAAUCGAUUCCCUCCUGGUCUAAAUAAAAACACAGAUCGUUAAUCGAUUCUCCGUUAGCAAAGACUAGAACCCGAUUGGUUUAGCGAUUCUCCCACGCUUAGUUAUUCUCAUUCGCUCAGACUGGAAAUCGAUCCACGUAAGAAAAAUGAUGAUUGGGAAUCGAUCUGCAGGCGUUUAAAGUCCGAUCGGUGCCAUCCAUCGCUGGAGCGGACUAAACAAAUUAAAAGUUUUUUUUAUUUUAACGUAAAUAAAAUAUAUUUUUUAAAAUCAUAAAAUGGUACGCAGUGUAACGGAGAAGAGUAAAUAAACUCACGCGUGCAUAUAUUUUUUUUAAACUUCCACUGUCAUCAGCAGCAGCAGCAGCGUUAACUAGUUUGACAGCCGUACAUGUAUUCAACUACGAAGACGUCAACAAUAUUAGUUACCUCAGGAAGCAGCAGCAGCAACAUCAACAUCAGGAAUAACAACAAUAUCAGCAGCAGCAGUCGUUACAUCGAUCAUCAUCAUCAGCAACGACAUAAAUCCUGAUCAGAUGUAACAUCAACAACAGAAGUAGUGACAUCAACAUCAGCCAACUUCGUUAUCAUCAUCAGCAGCGGCAACAGCGUGAGCAGCAGUGCCGCCUUCCUGGUCCGGUCUCGUGUUUUGUCAUCGCCGAUCAUUUCCACGUCCACGGUUGUUCUUCCCAUCCUGGCUCACCUCUUCAAAACCACCUCUUCACUCGGAUCAGCCUCGCCGGCAGCAGCAGCAGCAGGAGGAGGAGGAGGAGGGAGGGUUGCUGGCGGCCGCGAGAUGCACGUGCUGCUGGAGCUGCUGGUGGUGAGCGCGCGCGUGGCGCUGUCGUUCGCCGUCGCCGCCCUGCGCUGGCUGCGUCCGCGGGCGCCCAAGAGCGUCCUCCACGAGGUGUGCCUGGUGACGGGGGCGGCGCGCGGGCUCGGCCGCCUCUUCGCGCUGGAGCUGGCGACGCGCGGCGUCGACACGCUCGUGCUCUGGGACGUGGACGGAGAGGGCAACGAGGAGACGGCCGCCCUCGCCCGCGGGGCCGCCGCCGACGCCGGUGUGGCAUGCCCGCGCGUGCUGGCGUACACGUGCGACGUGUCGAAGCGCGUCGACGUGUACCGCGUGGCGGGCCUGGUGCGGCGCGACGCGGGCGACGUCACGCUGCUCGUGAACAACGCGGGCGUCGUGUCGGGGCGCCCGCUCCUCGACUGUCCCGACGAGCUGCUCGAGAGGACCAUGGCCGUCAACCUGCACGCCCUCUUCUGGGUCACCAAGGCGUUCCUGCCGGCGAUGUUGGAGAAAAAUCACGGCCAUAUGGUGACCAUCGCCAGCUCCCUGGGCCUCUUCAGCACGGCCGGCAUUGAGGAUUACUGCGCCAGUAAAUUUGGCGCCGUGGGAUUCCACGAGUCUCUGAGCCACGAGAUCAAGGCGAUGGAGCGCGACGGCGUGAAGACCACACUCGUGUGCCCCUACCUCGUCCAGACCGGCAUGUUCCAUGGGUGCCGGAUGCGUAAGGAGGUGGAGACGUACGUGCUGCCCCCGCUGCAGCCGGAGAAGUGCGUGCAGCAGGCGAUGAGAGCCAUCCUCACCGACCAGCCCGUGCUGUGUAUGCCGCGCCUCAUCUACCUCGUCGUCUUCAUCAAGAGUAUCCUCCCCUGGGAGGCUGUCGUGGCCAUGUACCGCUUCCUGGGAGCGGACAAGUGUAUGUACCCGUUCUUCGAGGAGUGCAAGCGGCGGACCAACAACAACCAGGAGCUGUGACCAGCCCAGCCGCCACCCACCGGGCCCCCCGCCACCUAGGAAUGGGGCCCUCCAAACCUCCUGCUAGGGCUCUCCGAUGCCUAAUCAUAGGACCCACCCACUACCUAUGGAUGAGUCCUGCCAAUACCCAAAGAUGGGGCUCCUCUAAGCGUACCGUUGCGCUCCCCGCAACCUGUAGAUGGACUGCACGAUACCUAAUAGUGCGUGCACUAAGACCUACAGAUAUGGGCCCCUGGAAAUUACUGAUGAAUGGGCCCCACAAUACCUCGGGGGCGCCACAGUCGCCUGGUAUCCUGGAGUUCGUGGGUUCGAUCCCUACCCUGACUCCUGCAUAUCUGGAGUUUGCACGUCUCUCUCCAUGUGGUCACGUAGAUUUUUUUUCUCGGGGCCCUCCGGUUUUUCUCUCCACAUUUAGAAUCAACAUGCAUUUCGAGUAUUUGCCUGCUAUAAAUGUCCACGUGGUAAGCCACCUCGUUGAGAUAUCAUUUGUGAUAGCCAGGUCGUGUCUGAAAAAUACAUUUCUAGUUUUAAUCAUGGGACGCCCCCCCCCCCCCCCCC